AUGCCUGUGCAAGGUUUCAUCAUGUCAGACGAGGGAACAACAGAGAGAAUCAUGUACAAAGAACUACAAGUGGAGGGGAACAACAGAAUUAUUCUGAAGAAAGCAAAAGCAGAACUAGCCAAGGCAAAGGAAGAGCUCAAUAGAGCUAAGGAGAGUUCCAUGCAAUCCUGGCUUGACUCCGAGCCUCUCAUAGAUGAACUUGAAAUGCAGAAAGCCAAUCUUGCUGAUGCUCAACGAAGUGAAAAUACUACUGAGAAGCUGGAAUCCCACCUAGAGACAAUCCACAAGAGCAUCAAAUCCAAAAGAGAGGAUCAACUCAAGAUAGAAUUGAUGAUCCAAGAAACCAAUCAGACCUUGGAUAACACGCGUAAUGACAUGGAAAGGCUCAAACUUGAGAGAAACAAAGAUAAGAAAACACUAGCAAAACUGAGGCAAACCCUUCAUCUAAGGAAGCAGACCGUUCAAACUUUGCAGCUCACGCUUCAAGCUGUACUACUGGAGUCAGAUGCUGUGGAAGAAUCUUCUGCCACAGUUCUUCAACAGAUCAAUCAUCCAGAAAACCGCAGUGAUGUUGUCCAGCUUACUAAUGAAAACUACUAUGCCCUAACAAGAAGAACCAAAGAAAUGAUUUCACAUGCAAAUUCACGUGUUUCUGUUUCCAUGACGAAGAAACUUGCAGCUGAGGCUUCCCGUGAUUUGGCGUUAUCAAGAUUGAACAAGAUUUAUUCCAGUAGAUCAUGGAGUAUGAACAAAACACACAUAAUGGGGCAACGGUACACAGACAGGAAUGCAGGCCAAGACACAAUUGUUGAAGAGGAAGUGGCAACAAAUGUUUCACUCAAAUCCUCUGGUGAAGAAUCAUUACCCAAGUCCAAAGGGGGAAAACAACAACACUCCAAAAAAUCGGUAAGGUCAAAGAAAACUAGGGCAAGUGAUUUUUUGGGAAGUCGUUAUGAGAUGUCUUAA